AUGUUACAGUGCGAAAAACCAAGAAAUCGGAAAAUGAUCAAAAUAGCACAGCGGCGCACCAAAUGGAAGCAACAGAAUCGCCUGACAGACUUACAUGUAUACAGUGUAUUACAUGAAUUAAAAUCUAAGAAUUAUUUUAUCGAAAGUGAAAAAAAAGCGAAUUAUUCUUCUCGUCUUCUUUAUUGCAAGGCCCACAACAGCCACAGGGCGAUCUACUCCUAUAUUUGUAGCGGCACUAAACAUUUCUUAGCAGUUUUGGGGGGUGAAAAAUACAGAAAUCAAUUGAGUAAUUUUACAUUUGUAUGUGUAAAAUAUCAGCUGAGUGUGUAUUUUCACAAAACCGUGCGCGGCUGUGUAGAUGCAAAAACAAAAGACAGUGUAUUGCGUUUGCUGAUAUAUAGACGUUCCCUGCCUGUCGUUGAUCUCUGGUUAGAAUGUCUCGUUCUGUUUGAGACAUUGGAAUUUUCCAAACGGAGGAACAUGUACAUGGGGAAGCUACGCAUAAUCCAAAUGGCUAUUCCCAGAGAUUCCAAACCCGGAUGCGACAUAGAUAGAACUCGUUGCCAUGUCUGUUCAAGGGAAUUUUCAUCGCCAUCUAACAGAAACAAGCAUGCACUUCGGCUCCACAAUACACCCACCCCUGCGAAUGUUGGAAGACCCUCACUAGGUGGAAGGAAACAAGCUAACCAUAGGUACUACAAGAAAAGUACAACAGAACAAGUCAGACCCAAGUGUGCAUUGCUUUUGACAUCAGCAAGAGAAGAAUUCACGGCUUUGGACAAAGGGUUCUCGUUAGCGCUGUAUCGUACUUACCUUAAACAAUGGCAUUUACAACUCGAAAAGUCCAUACAGAUUAUGACUCUCCCAUCACUCAACCAUUGGCAAAGCGACUCAAGCUACUGGGAAUUUUUGACAUUCGAACUCGUGAUCCGUUACGUACGGAAUUAUGAAUUGUUCUUUGAGCAUGAAGUCUUCUUUAAUUCGACGUCUCCCCUGAGUGUUAUAUAUUCUAGCAAUAGCUACUCUCGCGAGCAUAUGGUUGUUUGUCAAAAGUUUUGGACUACCCCUAUGUCCAAAUUUAAUUGUUUACUUAGAGCUUACUGUAAAGCUUUUAUGGGAUAUUAUCAUGCUCAAUAAUAAAUGGACUUACAU